ACCAUUUCCUAUGGCUUUUUUAUCAAUCAUUAUUUUCUUUUGGAAAAUGUCAGUAGAGAAUGCAUAAAUAGUAGAAUAUGCAUGGUUUGUGAAUGGCCUACACCAAAUAAUUACCCAUCAAUCUAAAUAAACCAAUGUAUGCAAAAUGAAAGAUGAUUGAUGUAUAGAAGGGACAAAUUUUUGGAGCCUAUAAGAAGUCAAGGAAAUGCGCAGAUUGCAUCAGCUUUUUUCACGUGCCAUUGUCAUAUAUCAAUGAUUAGUAGUACCCAAAAAGAACUUCGUCAAUCAGAAUGGGAAGAAGAUGAGGAUUGCCCUUCAAAUUGCAAGCGUGCUAAGAUGGAGGAGUGCCAACAAGAGCAAUGGAGCCCUACAAGGAGUAAUGAGCCGACUCUGUUGGUAUUUCCACUAGAUCAGCCUAGUCCAUUGGGUUUAACAUUGAGAAAGUCACAUUCGCUGAUAAAUCUAAUACAAACAAAGUUGUCUGAAGGGGAUACUGAAAGUUCAGAAACUGCAAACAAUAAAACAGGAGAAGGGAAUGAGGUGGCUUCUCAGGCUAUUUCUGACAAGACAAAGGCAUCAAAUUUCCCAGCCUUAGCUUUGAAAAUUGGCACAUGGGAGUGCAUAUCAAGAUAUGAAGGAGACUUAAUCGUAAAAUGCCUUUUUGCAAAGCAUAAGUUUGUUUGGGAGGUCUUAGAAGGUGGUCUUAAAUUCAAGAUAGAGAUUCAUUGGUCAGAAAUUACAGCUAUGAACGCAAGCUGUCCAGAUAGUGGACCAAGCACCUUAGAAAUUGAGGUAUCCAGGCCUCCCUUAUUCUUCAGAGAGACUAGUCCUCAACCAAGAAAGCAUACGGUGUGGCAGGCUACUUCUGACUUUACAGCAGGACAGGCAACUAUAUCCAAGGUACAUUGCUUGCAGUUUGCUCAAGGAGUGUUUAAUAGGCAUUAUCAUAAAAUUAUGCAGUGUGAUCCAAGGCUAAACUUGCUGAGCACUGAGAAGGAAAUAAGCAAAGAUCCUUUCAACUCACAUAUCAUUGCAGUUCAAGAUCAAUAUAGAGAUGCCAGUUAUAGAAUGGUACAGGACCACAAGUCCUAUUUAUUGCCUGAAGUUGGUUAUGAUGGAAAUGACUGCCUGCCUCACUUCCCAUGUUUCUCAGAUACGGAACCGAUUAUGGAUCCGACACCAGCCCCAAAACUUGAAAAGAACCAGCUUGAAUACAGGAUGGUGGAAUCUACCUCUCACCAUCAACCCUUUAGAAGUAUAUCAGAUCCAUCACCGAUAGCGGUUCCAAUUCUGGUUCCAAAACUUGAAGAAACUGAAUCUGAAAAUGAAAUUCAGAUGAUGGAUUCUCUCCUUGAGAAAGAGGAACUUCAUGCAUCUCAAUACCAAGGGAAUUUUGAAGACUUAGUUACAUAUAGUCAAUUGAGAAAAUGUGUCCAAGAAAAUGAAUCUAACUACCUGACAGAUGAAGAUUAUGAUAUAAGCGCUUUAAUUUCUAGGUUUGGUGAUCAAGUAUGUUCUCUCGCCCUCUUUGAUCAGGUUACUAACGAUUCUACUGAUUAUGAAGACUGUGAGAUUUGGUUUCACAAUUCAACUGAUCCUGUAGGGAGUGAAACACCAUGGGCAGAAGUGGAAUACUGAUGCAGAUGACAAUUACAGAUAAUCAGACUCGAGGUUCAAAUGAUACCCGCACCUCAUUAGUUACCCAUGUCCCAAGACUGUCUUGAAGUGCAAUACGCUUCAUUUAGUCUGCCAAGACUGUCUUGUAACUUUAACUUCAUCACAAGAAAAUCCAACCAUUCAUCAAUGUCAUUGCAGUGUUAAAUAUGGAUUACUCAAAUGCUUGCUCAAAAGAUGAUUUUCUUA